CGCCGAGGGAGACCAGAGGGAGAGAUCCGUCAUUCUGUUUCCACAUUGAAUCGCAUUUGCUGCGGAUUUUACUCGGGAUCGACUUCAACCGCAAUUCAACGAGGCGUUUCGGGAGAGAUUUUGCAUCCCUCCGUCCCCUCCGAUUCCGUUCAGGAAUUCGACGGCGGGGAGAAGCGAGAGAGAGAGAGCGAGGAAAAUCGUCGCCGCCGACGGAGGAUUUUUUUUUUUUUCUUUUUCGGUGGCUUUGGGGGGAGGUUGUAGCCUAGCCGGAGAUGGACGGCGUUUUCGGCAAGCUCCGGAACCUGGACGCGUACCCCAAGAUCAACGAGGAUUUCUACAGCCGCACGCUCUCCGGCGGCGUCAUCACCCUCGUCUCCUCCGUCGUCAUGGCCCUCCUCUUCAUCUCCGAGCUCCGAUUGUAUUUGCAUGCGGUAACUGAAACGAAGUUAGUGGUGGAUACAUCGAGAGGAGAACAUCUACGUAUCAAUUUUGAUGUCACAUUCCCUGCAUUGGCUUGCUCUAUGCUCAGCCUUGAUGCCAUGGAUGUCAGUGGAGAACAACACCUUGAUGUAAGACACGAUAUAAUCAAGAGAAGAUUAGAUUCUAAUGGCCAGGUGAUAGAAGAAAGGCAAGACGGAAUUGGUGCUCCAAAGAUUGAAAAGCCCUUACAGAGACAUGGUGGGAGGCUUGAGCACAAUGAGACAUAUUGCGGAUCAUGUUAUGGAGCAGAAACGUCAGAUGAGGAAUGCUGUAAUAACUGUGAAGAGGUCCGCGAAGCAUAUCGAAAGAAAGGUUGGGCACUUUCAAAUCCAGAUGCGAUCGACCAAUGCAAAAGAGAAGGUUUUCUACAAAAGAUUAAAGAAGAAGAAGGUGAAGGAUGUAACAUCUAUGGGUUUCUGGAAGUGAAUAAAGUUGCAGGGAAUUUUCAUUUUGCUCCUGGGAAAAGCUUUCAACAAUCCAAUGUUCAUGUCCAUGAUAUACUGGCAUUUCAGAAGGAUAGUUUUAAUAUUAGUCACAAGAUCAACAGGCUAACUUUUGGAGAUUAUUUUCCUGGUGUCGUAAACCCACUUGAUAAUGUGCAAUGGACGCAAGAAACGCCGAGUGGAAUGUACCAGUAUUUUAUAAAGGUGGUGCCGACUGUUUACACAGAUGUGAGCGGGCACACUAUCCAGUCAAAUCAGUUCUCCGUAACAGAGCACUUCAGGAAUGCAGACAUAGGACACCUUCAGUCGCUGCCAGGAGUUUUCUUCUUUUAUGACCUUUCUCCAAUUAAGGUGACCUUUACUGAGGAACAUGUGUCAUUCUUACACUUCCUAACGAAUAUGUGCGCUAUUGUCGGAGGUGUUUUCACGGUUUCAGGCAUCCUGGAUUCUUUCAUAUAUCAUGGUCAAAAGGCAAUCAAGAAGAAGAUGGAAAUUGGCAAAUUGAGUUAAAAAGUGAGCUAAGGAGAAGCUCGUUGCCGAUAGAAUGGAUCUUUCCGGUACGUGACCCACUAGAGAGAUGAAAGGGGAGAACAAAGAUGGCCAAAGUGGUUAUCUUUGGUAGGUUGGGAUGUUUCUUUUGAUUAUGUUCGAUUGGUGCUGAUCAAUGAACUAGACUGAUGCUGUCUGGCUCAACCUUCCAACGGUCAUAUGACCUGCACUUUUGCCCAGUUCCAUCGAGUUGCUAUCUGUUUUCAUUUGAAGUUGAGCAGUUGUUUCGGAUUCUCCUCUUUGAAAGUUAUAAAGAAAGUGUACACUAGAAUGAGAAAGUUAUAUUCGUCUUUUAGCAUUUAGUUCGGUUUGGUCGAGUAUAACAAUAUUUUAGGACGAGAUAUACAUUGACGUAAAAGGAUUCGAGUGUUUCAGA